GGCCUCUACGCCGGAUUGACUAAACGGGGAGUCUGGACAAGAGUGAAGUGUAUAAAUACUCCCUCAAUCACCUCUCCAAUGCUACCUCACCACUACACUCAACAUCCAUCUCAUCUUAUCCUCAUUCUCACCAAGCUUUCAAAAUGCGCUUCUUCGCCCUCACCGCAGCUCUCAUUGGUGCAGUCUCAGCCUUGCCCGCUGAUGCUGUCCACCAAAGUGCCUCCAACUUCCUCGCCCCAGAGCAGAACAUUCCCGACACACCACCCGUUGUCGAGGGUAAAUCAGCCUUCACGAGUGGCACAGCCUCUAAGCGCGACACCGGCAUUGCUAUUUCUAACAAGAGCUUGUCCAAGCGUGCUACUCUGGUCGUGGAUGUGUAUUAUGAUUUGAAUGGGGCUGGGAGACACGAGGGACUCUAUACGGAUACCCAAAGGUGUUACAACCUGGGCAAUGGAUGGAAUGACCAGAUUACUUCCCUCAGAGUGCCCAACGGGUUUGGAUGCAUCUUCUACCGCAAUAAUGGCUGCGGAGUUGGUGACUACAGGCUCACUGUUCCUGGCGGGAACUUUAUCCCUGAUCUGAGGACGUACAAUUUCGAUGAUAUCAUCUCGAGCUAUCUGUGCUACAACUAGGCGGGUAUAAGAGCCUGCAAUCGUAGUCAGAUUUGCAAAUCUCGGGAUGGAGUGGUGAGGUUGGGUGUCUGCGAAGUGAGCAUAUGCGGCUAGAUGUCUCUACGAAUCAGUGUGUGGCUAUGGAAGGAUCAGGACACUCUUUUAAGCUCGAGGAAUGGAUAUCAUAGCUCAUCUUGCUGCUUUGAACGGUGAUGUGCUUCUAUGUCGCUCAAUUUACUGGUUGAGAUUAGUGAAUUCAGUUUGGGAACCUUAAAUCCACGCUCUCCAUGGU